CACCCCGCAGCUUCAGGAUCUUCGGGCGGGCGGAGCGGAGGUUCAGCCCGUGCAGAGUGGGCUCUGGCUGGCUGCGCGGCGUGCGUGCGUGCGUGACAAGUCCCGCGGAGAACUUCACAGGGACCAAAGUCCGGCAUGAGCUAGACUUUUGAGAGUGUGAGUGAGUGAUCGAGGGCGCGCACAGAACUUACUCACAUGUGAUUUUUUUUUUCUUAAUCGAAAUGCUCCAAAGAUGGCGGUGGUAGCAGCGGGAGUCGGAGUCUCGAGUGUCUCCACGGCGCUUAAAAGUGGAUUUGUGGAGGUUUUGGUGCGGGAGAGCUGGCACAAAGUUUUGGCAAACUUGAGCGAGGAGGCGCUCACGUUGAGCUGCGAGGACUGCGGCUCAGGCGACGGCGUCAGCUCCAACGGGCUCACCAAUGGAUCUUACCUGGACAACAGCAACACUAACUCCAACAACGGCCCCCAAGUCGUGCGCACCGCCUUCACGGACCUCCCGGAGCGGGUGCCCGAGGCGAUCGCCAACAGAAAGCGGUGCGUCAAGGUGACCAAGCAGGAAAUCGGGGGGCUCGGGAUAAGCAUUAAAGGAGGGAAGGAGAACAAAAUGCCCAUACUCAUCAGCAAGAUAUUCAAGGGGCUUGCUGCGGACCAGACCCAAGCUCUGUAUGUGGGAGACGCCAUCCUCUCUGUGAACGGCAUGAACCUGCGGGACGCGACGCACGACGAGGCUGUGCAGGCGCUGAAACGAGCAGGGAAGGAGGUGACACUGGAAGUUAAGUACAUGCGUGAGGCUACGCCCUACGUCACAAAGGGCUCCCCUGUGUCAGAGAUUAGCUGGGAGACGCCUCCUCCGGAGUCUCCGCGCCCCGGCAGCCCUGCCAUCACUUCCUUCUUCUCGCCUCACUCUCCAAGCUCUCCCAGCCAGCCCCCAUUGUCUCUGAACAGCGACAGGAGGUGGAUACCACUGAAGAUGUCUUGCGUAACACGAGCCAUGACCAGAGCAGAUCCUGACAACAGACAACUGGAGCUGCACAGUCCUGACGCCAGGCACACCAUCGUGCUCCGGUGCCCAGACCAACCAUCUGCCCUGUCCUGGUUCUCUUCCAUGCACUCGGUCACAUCCACGCUGGCACAGCGGGCGGUGGCGGAGGUCGUCCAGAAUACAUCCAGGACAGGGGUAGCUGGCAGCAAAGAGAUCCGACACCUGGGAUGGCUGGCAGGGAAGACGGAGAGUGAGAAGCAGUGCUGGAAGCCGGUGCUGGUGGUGGUGACGGAGAAGGACUUGUUGCUGUACGACAGUUUGCCUCGAAGCAAAGAGGCCUGGCAAAACCCUGCGCACAAUUUCCCACUUUUAGCAACACGUCUGGUCCACUCUGGUCCUGACCGGGGGUCUCCGUGCUCCGGUACUGAGCUCUUCUUUGCCACUCGGACCGGCACUCGACUUGGCAUCGAAACUCACCUGUUCCGGACUGAGACCACGAAGGAUCUGUCCAUGUGGACCAGACACAUCGUCAACGGAUGUCACGCAUCAGCCGAGAUGAUCAAAGAAGUCACAACAAGUUGCCUGUACCGCGGUCAGGAGUGCCGGCUGGUGAUUCACUACGAGAAGGGCUUCUCUGUGCUGGCGGACCCAAAAAUAGGAUACGGGGAGGACGGCGAGGAGAGAGCAAUUGACACAUCGGUCAAGCCCCAAGUGCUCCUCUCCUACCCGUUUGAAAAACUAAAAAUGUCCGCAGACGACGGCGUACGCAUCCUUCUUCUGGACUUUGGCGGGAAGGAGGGGGAGAUUCAACUGGAUCUUCACUCGUGUCCGAAGCCGAUUGUCUUCAUCCUCCACUCUUUCCUGUCUGCUAAGAUCUCCCGUCUGGGUCUGGUGGCCUGAUCAACUCCUCAAAAGGACUUUCUAACCCCUUCGGGAAACAAACUCAUCUUGUUUGGUCAUCUGGCCGCAGCUCAUGCGCAGCACGCCGCCUCAAACUCCUUUAAUUGGAAACCCAAAACUGGAUGAAUGUAGCCUUUAUUAGUCGUUUGAGCCUUCCUGGGUUUCUCGUGUCUUAGAAGGAGCCUGAAACUAGCCGUACUUCAGACAUAUUUCGGGGCGAGGCAAAUGACCCCCCUGUCAGAGCUCCAGGAACUGGAAAGUCGGCCUAUGAACCAGAGAGGAGACGGCGAAGCGGACUGGAAGCGGAUGGGUGAUCUAUACAGACGUACCAACAAAGUGACAAGACGACAUUGGGCAUUACUGUCACGUCCGGGAUGGGAAGGUCUGGCCGCGUGUAGCAGGAUGGAGAUGAAUUCACUUUUAAUCCAAUCAAAAUGUAACAGCAACCUGCCUUCCAUUUACCAAUUAUAUAAUUUAUUUACCAUCAACUCUGAAAGGACGUCCUUAAUUUCACUUGUCAUCCGUCUUCCUCAAACACAUGGCACAUCGUGGAGAAACUUUGCACAUUAGUCUUUAUUAGAGUCGCCCCCCUCCCCCCGGUAAGGCUUGUUAUCGGUGUCGGCAUUCAUCUUCCAGACUGGAGGAGGGGGGAGAGGGGGGGGGGGGGCUUUUACCGCAGAAUGACAGCUCGCUCAGAUCUAAACUGUCUCGGCGUUCUUUUAACAGCUUGCUCAUGAUGACCAUGCUGUGUUUUUAAGGUACUUCAGUGUGACAGACACGCAGGGUUAGGGACCCGGCGGACCUGAAGACACAGACGAUUGAUUCUUCAGCUGUGCCGAGCAUAACACUAGGGAGAGUUUUGGAAUAGUUUAACCAAAUAAUCUGAGAUCAAUUUUUUUUUUAAUAUAUAUAUUUUUAGGCAAAUGAUCAUUAUCAACUACUUACAGCAUUAGAUAAAGAAUUGAUUUAGAGUAUAUCUAUAAUAGAAAUAAUUUAUUUUUUAAAUAGCCUUUCUUACACCUGAUCCUUAAAUUGGAGAUGUAACAUUUUAGAUGAUCAACAGCGCAUUACAUGUUGUGCACCAGAGCUGCACCACUUAUCGGACCACAAUCCAAACCUCCGUCAGCAUGAGGUGCAGGAUUUGGUGGGCUGUGACACUCAGAGAGGUUUAUAUUCAUGCGUUGCCAGUAGAACAGUGAAACAGAGACCUUUUUGGUAUCCACCUGGUAUAAAAAAAGGUUCUAUAAUGCAUUUCUUUUUCAUCUCAGUAGCACGAUCUCACUGAAAACUUUAGAAAAAUCCAACUGUAGUCCAUUUAUGCACGGUGGGGUACAUGUUAAGAAAUUAUGCUUUGAACAAAAUUCACAGUGGCACACUUAUUGGCACCCCUACUAAGAAUACUUUGCAUACUUCCCUUUUGCGGAAAGCACGGGCCACAUACCUACUCCAUAAGAACAGAGGCCUUUCUUCUUUUAUUCAUGGUGACAAGAUAAAAAAAAA